AUAUUUCACCAUGGAUCUUGUUCAGACUGUACGCAAAGAAGGCAGCCGUGGUGGCCGCGGUGAUUUCAAAUGGGAGGAUGUCAAGAAUGAUGCGCAGCGUGAAAACUAUCUCGGUCACUCGGUCAUGGCGCCUGUUGGGCGUUGGCAACAAGGCCGUGAUCUUAGUUGGUACGCGAAAGGCGAUGCUGAAUCCAAAGAGGCCGAAGCAUCGCGUAUCAAGGAAGAAAAGCGCAAACUGAAGGAGGCAGAGGAAGACGCGAUGCUUGCUGCCAUGGGCCUCCCAGUGCCAGUGCGGAAUAACGCAAACCUGACGCCGUUAGGUGAAAAGGCCCACAAGGCUGAUGUUGAAGAUAAAAUAGAGGAGAAAGCCCGGGAGGGCGAGAAUGAGGACCGGGCGAAGAGGAGGGAGGAGAAGGAG